UCUUCGCAAUUGUAAAUGAAAGUUGAAAUAUCUUGAGACCAUGUUCCAAUUACGAUAAGAGGCAGGGCCAUGAACAGCAAACACUUGGAAUACGGAAGGACCACUUUGAAACCAGUGAAAGGCCGAUGUUUAUUCUUUGACAUUUUACAUUUGUGACUUGAUAAGUUGAUUGGUUUGUUUAUUCCACAAUGAGAUGACCUAUUUCACAAACUGAUGACAGACUCUGCAUCCAUACAUGGGGUUAUGGAAGGCCCAGUAGAAAGGACACAAUGUUUAUUCCUGCUGAUAUAAGGAGAGUGCCAUUUCUUCGUCCAGCAUGUCAAGACUUGACGUUUGUAAGAUGGAGUUUCAAGAAAAAGAAAAUACCAAAGUGGGCUGACCCUAACGACAUGUCCUGGGCAGAACCAUUGUUUGAAAGGCAGAGGAAGCUGGAGGCUGAGGGAGGGAAGAAGAAAGAGGUGUCCAUGUUGCACCUGGUACAGAGAGUGAAACCUUUGAAAGGUCGACCAUACUGGGAGAGGGAAACCAUGAAGACUCUCAAGUUAGAUGGAAAGAUGGGGAUGACAUAUAUUCACAAGAACAUCCCCUCUGUGAAUAAGAUGCUGGAGAGUGUGAUCCACCUCAUCAAGAUCACCCCCAUCACAUUCCCAGAUGGGAUUCCUGACACACCAGACGACAUGGAGAACUGCUGGCUGAAAGAUAACGGAGAGCUUGUGGUUAGGAAAACAGUUUAUCCUGUAGAGACAGUACACUGUAAGAAGGAAGAUAGAGAUGUAUGGACCAUGGACUUUCAGACAUUUGAGAAAGAGCAUGAGAAGAAAAUAGAUACUAAAAGUGUUCACAAGGAAUAUUUUCCUCCCCAAUAUCGGUAUAAAUACAACCAAGAUGGCAAAGAAAUGAGGUAUAAAGGGGAUACUAAUAUUGGCUCUGACAGGGAGUGGAACUGAUGCUGUAGUCAUCAGAAGCAGUUUUGUAUCUGGUCAGUGUGUGAUAGUAGCAAAUAUAUUAUGAAUGCAAAA